GCGGAGGCGGGCGGGGAGCGCUGCCGGCCAUGGUGGUGCGGGCGGCGGUGGCCGAGCCCAAUGCCGGUGUGAAGCGGUGUCGGGAUGGGUCGUCGUUGGGGCAUGGCCGUGCUGCUCCUGUCCCUGGGUACUGGGAUGAGUUUCACACGUGUGCCCUGACGGCGCUCUGGGAGUGCCAGAAGGAAGCAGUGGCCAUCUGGGAGAUGCUGAGAAGGGAGUCUCAAAAAAUCAAAUUUCAAGGCAGCUUGUUCGACCUCUGCAGCCCCAGCAUGACCCAAAGCUUUGCCUGGACCCACGUUCCCAACGUUUCCAUCCUGGGCAUCCCCCUCAUCGUCGCUUGGCUGAACUUAUAAACGGCAGCUCUGUAAGUAUCGCAACAAAGGUGGUGGCAGCGUGUCGUUUUGUUUUUCCAAACCUUUGAGGAAUACGCUGUGCGGUGCUCCGUGAACGCUUUGCUCCAUCCUGCGCCUGUGAGACGUGGAAGAGCUCGGCAGCAUCUCCCACGUUUUGCUCUUCCUCUAUAAUUUGGACUAACGCCUGUCCCCUUCUGCCUCAAGGCACAGGCACAGAUCUGUCUGACUGUGGAAUUUGGGAGCUUGUAGAUGUGGGGCAGAGGAUUGGGGGAAAAAUGAUAAAUUGGCCGUGAACGCUGGAUUCUCUUGCACUCUUCUACGGGUACUGGAAAGAAACCUGUUUACUUUGCUGGCUCUUUCCACCUGAUCAACUCUCCAGAUUUUUGAUGUGGGCACUGAAAACAAGAUGGGCAUUUUCAUGGCUGGUUUGUGAGGCACAGGGGAUGGUGUAAUGGUGUAUGUGCUGUCAAAGGCAGAAAGGAGACCUUACUGCCUGUACGAGCCUUUUUUCUUUGAGGACAUGGUGAAACCCCUGCUGAAGAACAAUCUCAGGUGCAUGACCUAUUCUCGCUCACAUCUGGAUUCCUGUGUAAAUCCCAUGUAAUGUGUACAUCCCUUUUCUAAGGAAAUAGAGGACAAAAAUAUUUGGGGGAAGAGGGAGUGUCAAAAUAGCAUGACAAAAAGGAUUUAGAACAACUCUCUUGUUUUAAAGCUUUCUCCAAA